AUGGAAUCAUCCAAGUCUUUGGCAGCCGUUCUCAUUGUCUUGUUUCUAGCCAUGACUGCAAUAGAAACCGUACCGGUGGUGCAAGCCCAAGAAUGUGGCAACGAUCUAGCAAAUGUGCAGGUGUGUGCGGCGACGGUGCUGCCCGGUUCAGGAACCCCGAAUGCUGACUGUUGCGCCGCCCUCCAAUCUACUAACAAAGAUUGUCUAUGCAACGCUCUCCGCGCAGCCACCUCUCUUCCUUCGCUUUGUAACCUUCCUGCUAUUGAUUGCGGUAUAAAUGAUUAG